AAGCAAAAGACUGGCCAUGUUGAAAUCGGGAGCAACUAACAAAACAACUACCUUCCCAAAAUUUGGUUAUUUUUUCAGCCGAAUUUCCUUUAUUGAAGUUGUAUAUUGUACCAAAAGCAUACUGUAUAGUUGACAUAUAAAAACCAGAAUAAAAGCACUUUCUUCUGCAGGUAUUGACUUUUGAAGUUAUUUCAUUCAGCCCCCACUUGUUUAAAACUGUAAAAUACCACUGACCACUGUUGUUGAUGAUUGAGACCGACUCUCCUUGCCUUAAACUGCUGGCUUUGACAUGAAACAGUAUGUGGGCAUGGUCACUUUCGAACAUUUCGUUUUAAUCAUUAUCAACACGUGGAACAGAUAUACCUUAGAUGAGACAUAGUGCUAAGAGAGAGGGGGGGGGGGUGGUUUUUUAUUUUCCUGUCAAUAGCCCAACUGACUAAGAAUACUAAGAUUGAAGUGUCUUUUAUUUUAUUUAAUAGGCAGCUAGGCUAAAAACUGCUCCUGCAAAAAAAAAAAACACUACUCACCAUUUCUUUCCACACAGUCAGUAUUUCAAAUUUAAAUAAAUGCAACAAUUUCUAUAUCAAUUUAAAAGAAAAGUUUGGGUGAAACUUUGGGUCAGAAAUCAUUAGAAAUAAUUGUUGCUAAUUAGUGUUUGUUCAGGUCUUACCCAUUUGCUGCGGGCAGUUACAGGGAGUAGUCUGUGUACUUACAGGCUUUACUUUAUGGUUAAGGUGGAAAUUUUUUGAGGUGUGAUCCAUUUGUACAGGGUAUAAGAAAACAUUUGUAAGAAAGGAAGUAAACAUUUUCUAUUUAAUUAUCAAUAAGAUUAAAAGUGGAGAAUGAUAUUCUACACAUGAAGGCACUUUUGUUAAAGACUCUCUUUUUUAAUAUCGGUAAACUAAAGUAUUACUGUCAUCUUUUUUUCAUGCUACUGAUCCCAAAUUUAUCUGCACAUAUUAACAAUCAACUUACAUAUUUUUUCAAUUAUUUGUAGAUUGAAUAUCAUCUUCUUGUCUUUCUUCAGAUUAUGUAAUUAUAAUAAUCUUAAAUAUUUUCAGGUGCUGUUGAAUAGUGCAGUCUAAAAUUAUGAAGAGGAAAGCAUCUAGAUCCCCAGGCUAUGAGCAGCCAGCCAAGCUCAGCAAAAAAUCAACAAAUGCUAAUGUUGAUAACACUAUUCAGCUAUCAAGGGAAAAAACAGUCCAGAAACCUGCAUUUGAACCCCUCAGAUUAGCUUCUUUCAGACAGAGGAAGGCUCCAUCAUGGUUGCAGUCAUAUGUAACAGACAGCACACCGAAGGAACCACCUAAGCCAUCAAUGCCAAAAUUUCCAACACUUGUUCCUCCAAGCAAAAGGAAGGUAGAACCUUCUCUGCAAAAGGAAAAAUCUGUUGCAAAAAAUCCCACUACUUUGAGACGGCAGUCAACUCUAAAACUUGUUGAAGAUCUUCCCCCUUCAAAAAACAAAGCUUCACAAAAAACAUUGUCACACUCUCCAUCUUUGUCAAAGAAAGCCACUGAAAUUUUAACUGACUCUGAUAUCGAUUCCAAUUCCAAGGUAGUUGAAAUGCCUUCCGUUAAAACACAAAGAACUGGAACCGAACAAGUCAACAAACUAUCAACUCUAACGUCGUCGUCAUCAUCCUCACAAUCUGCGUCCUCACCAAAUCAAGCCUUGUCCAAAUCAUUACCAAAAAUAUCAUCAAAAAGUAGCCUUACAUCAGAGUCCACUAAUCAUGUUUGCAGCACUGAUCCCAAAGAGUUGGGCAGCUCAGAUGUUUUGGAGAUUUGUGACAUAGACCAUAGUGCACCAAAUUCUUUAGAUAAAGUCAGCCCAAAUCCAGCAACUGCAACAGAAAGUCUUUCUACGACAGAACUAGGAAAGCCUACAAUGCUAGAAGUAGUUAUUUGCAUCAGCACAUCAGGGGCCAUGAGAGAUUAUUUGGAAGUAUUACAAGACAAGACACGAGAGAUGGUUUGGCGGCUUCAGUCUCUCAUUUCUAAUUUGCGUAUUGGUAUAUUUGCUCACACCCAGGGUGGUAUCCAUGAUGACAAAACAGGCAGUCGUAAUAGUGCCAGUGACCACAACUACAUACGCACUGGGGGUCAUAGUGGAACCAAAUGGCUUGAUCUGGGGGCAACUUAUUCUCAGAUCUGUGCUUUUGUAGGAAGUCUGGGUAAUCACUUAAAGAACAAAAAUAGACGUAAUACAAUUUUUCUAAUUUUGUUAGCUGUUUAUUUAUUUAGUUUCUUUAUGACUUGAUUUUCAAAUUUCCAUUUGUUUUUUUAAUUUGGAUUAUUUGUUUUAUUAAUGAAGUAAUACUAAAUAUGUGCAUAUUAUUAAUGAAUAAAUAAAAAUUGCUUAACCUUUUAAAAAUAGCUCUUUGGGCUCAUCAGCUUAAAGAAACUUGAAUUUUUUUGGUGUUGCUUUAUUUUAUAUAAUAAUAAUAAGACGUCUUAUAUAGCGUGGUACCCCAGCCUAGGGCUAGGCUCACCGUGCUGUACAUACAAAUUUUAUCAAAAGAGACAUAAUCAUGACAUUAAAACAAAAUACAUUUAUGAAUAUAUUAAUAUAAAUAUUGAAGCUAUUUUAGUUUGUUGUAUGCUUUACUUUAUGCUUCAUUGAUUGAUUUUUAAAAAAGGUACACAUUUGAGUUUAGUAGCACUUGAUUUAAAUGUUCCACAGAACCCGAGGCUACAGUUUAUCCAGAUUACGUCCAAGAUAAUGUGGAGAUGGCACUAUGGAAACUGCAGCGAUGCAUGACUUGGAGCUCAUGCAGCUAUCGCACAGUUAUAAUAUUGGGGCGUGGGAGACCGAACAGAACUAGCUUUUAUCUGCAGCGGGAACAUUGGAGAGGGUGGAUUAGAUCAGCGCUGGAGAUUUCUAACAAGACAGAGAUUCCUGUUAUCGACUGGGAGCUGGAGGCCAAACUUUUAGCUCAAAUGGUGGGAAAACUUAACAUUUAAUGAGAUAAACAUACUAUUUUUAAAUACGGUGACGUUGAGAACUAUUAUUUGGUUACAGUCAAGCCAGCAUUAUAAAAUUAAUAGUAAUCUAAUUUUAUUUUGGCCAAAAAAUUGUUAGAAAUAAUAGUUUUAACAUGGAUCUAAAAAAAAAUCAUAAGAUUCAGAAGCUAAUAAAUUGUUUGUUGCAAAUUACCAACCAAUUCUUUGUCAUAUUCAUCAACAUAUCUUAAACUUAAUCUAUAUGAAUAAAUUGUUUUUCGUUAGGGCAUCCAUGUAUUCACCAUACAAGCUGUACCACAGACUACCACUGGGGAGGAGGAUGAAGAUGAAGGUACCUUGUUCUUCAGGCGUGUGGCUGAAAUAACCAAUGGUCAGCACAUCAGAAUUAGUGAUGCCUCAAAACUAAUUGACAUACUAGUGGGAGUAUGCUGUGCUUGUUAUGGGCCAGACUUACUACAGGUGACAAUACUUUAAUUACCAAGUUUUAAAAAUUAUAAUCAUUUUGUAUUUUGGUGCAAGAGUGAAAGACCAUAUAAGCUACUAAGUCUUAUAAUGUCUAUAAACAUUUAAAUAAUUAAGUUGGUGACAUAGCUCAAAUGAUACUCAUAAAAUUUUCAUUGAGGUUUCAUUUAUAUAUAUAUGAAAAGUAAACAGGUUCAAGUUGAAUGGGAUAUUAUGAAUUUUUUGUAUAUGAAAAGCCAGUUUGAUUUUCUUUAUGUUCAAUUGGCACAGUAUACAUUUAACAUUAUCUCUAUAUUUAAAUUUUCAGGAGCAUCGUGAUACACUGAGAGAUGAGAAUGAUGGUGUCGUCCCCCAACAACUGCGGGACAUCUUUAUCUCCUUACAACUCCACAGCAAGAGGAGGUCCCUCUGCACCCUACCAUCAGUUGUUGGUGACCUUAGUAUUAUACAACGUCAGCUGGCUAGUGCUGAAGCUAACGGUAAUGCAAGUGGUUCAGAGGAAGAUGGGGAGACUUCAGAAGAUGAUGAGAAAGAUGAGGAACCUAAACAAGAUUCCCAGCAAGCAGGCAGUUCAUCAGGUGAUAAUUUAAAACCAGAGAAAUUGAAAGCUAAAAGGGGGAGACCUAGAAAAAAUAUUUUACUUGGAAAAGGUCUAACAAAUGUGAAAGCAAAAACAUCGGAUAAAAAAGCAUUGGUGAAAAAGGCUACACAGAUUGUAGCAAAACUCAAAGGGGCAGGCAGAAAGAAUGUUGGGAAAAAGGCCUUGGAUAGCUCUUUGAAAGUGGCGGGGAUCGUUCGACCCAGGGGAAGACCUAAGAAAUUGAAAACUGAGGGCGAGGGAGACAAAAUAGAGCAAUCUAAUAAACAGAAUAAAAACAUACAGAAGAAAGAAGGGGUGCAGAAAAAAAAUCUUUCCAUUAAAAAGAAAAUAACUGCACUUAAUAAUAAGAAACUUAAAACAAUAAAUGGGGAUGUGAAAAAAGUUGCUAAAGCUCUUCUUAAAUCUAGCAAAACUCCAAAGAAGACCAAUAUCUUAGAUACACCUGGUAAGCUAAAAGCUAAGCAAGACACCAAGGGUGCAAACAAAAUAAAAAAGGCUAAAAUUAAAGCUACUACUACUACAAAAAAAAUUGUAAAAGGGAAAGCUGGGAAAGUUGUUGUUCAAAAGUCAGUCAAAAGUGGGAGAAAAUUAAAAGUUAAAUAACUUAUGCCCCUGUGCCUGAAUGCAUUAUUUGCACUAUUGAAAUGCUUACUUAUCUAUUUAUUUUAAAUAGUUUAUAAAGACAAUGUGAUACUGUG